CGGCUCGCCAGGAAUUGUACGCAGCGCUGUAAUUCACUGUGCGUCGCGCGUUUUCACUUCUAUUGCCCAUGUGUCCAUGUGACGAUCAUCUGUCAACGGCGAAGAGCGAAGUUGUUUGCGAACAGCCGUCUUGAUUCUUGAUUCUCGAAAUCGCGCGCGAAACGCGAACUUAUAUUCGACGACUAUUUUUAUUUUGCGACAAGUACGCGAAAUCAUUCCGCAAUCAUGGUGCGAGAUCGACCGUUUUUCAACGUGAUUAUCCUCAGCGUUGGAUUUAUGCUGGUCUUUACAGCGUUUCAAACGAUGGGCAAUAUAGAGAAAACUGUUCUGACCAGCAUCCACGGGGAGGAUAGCAGCUUCAAUGCCGAUGCUUACAUCAGCUUAGCCAUAAUCUAUGGCGUGCUCGCGACCUGUAACUGGCUGGCGCCGUCAUACAUCUCGGUAACGGGUCCGCGAGUGGCUAUACUCACUGGCUCCUGUUGCUACGUCUUGUUCAUCGCCUCGUUCUUCUACCCGCACGAGGCAUUACUGUACGUUAUGUCAGCCGUUCUCGGAGUAGGCGCCGCUCUUAUAUGGACCGGUCACGGACAGUACCUGACGGAAAAUAGCGACAAUGACACGAUGUCUCGGAACGCCGGUAUAUUUUGGGCGAUUUUCCAGACAUCGCAAUUCGCCGGCAAUCUAUUUGUUUACUUCAUGUUUAACUCGCCUACCAUUGAUCAUGGACAACGGACGAUCGUUUUCGGCGUGCUGACCGGUCUUUCGAUGAUCGGCACCGUAAUACUGGCGACUUUGAACAGAUCGCCGCAGAUACUUUCGCUGGGCGAAGCCGAGGGGGUAUCCAGUGCGGACAAAGAGCUGCAACUGCCAGAACCGACACGCAGGAAACCUCUAGAGGCCGCGUGGUGUGCUUUUACAGACGCGAUCAAACUCUUCCUCACGCCUAACAUGCUGCUGCUGUCAUUCACGUUCGUCUAUACGGGUCUCGAGCUUACCUUUUAUUCCGGCGUAUACUCGAACAGCAUCGGCUUCACCAAAGCUAUGGGCGAAAAUCGUAAAAGUCUUGUAGGACUAUCCGGUAUCUUUAUCGGACUCGGCGAGGUCGUAGGCGGUGCUAUCUUCGGCAUUUUCGCGACCAAGAUAUUCCGUAAUUGCGGUGGCUGGCCAGUGGUGCUUACUGGUUUCUUCGUGCAUCUCUUCGCUUUCAUCAGCAUUUAUCUGAAUCUGCCGGAUGAUGCGCCAUUCGAGGACACGGACAAUAAGGGUUACAUCCCGGCUUCGCAGAUCCUCGCAAUGGUGGGCAGUCUCACUCUCGGCUUCGGCGAUGCCUGCUUCAACACGCAGGUCUAUUCGCUGCUGGGUAUCUUAUUCGUCAAGGAAAGUGCACCGGCCUUUGCUCUUUUUAAAUUCUGUCAAUCGGUCGCAGCAGCCAUUAGCUUUUCAUACAGUACCAAAGCCGGAUUGCACAUACAACUCUUGGUAUUAUUUGUGACUAUAUUUUUUGGUACAGCGGCCUUUUGUUAUGUCGAAUAUAGGGCCAAAAAAUCGAGAAAUGAGAUACCGCAGGAAAUCGAUCCGGCGCUGGUCGAUAUCACAAACAGUGAAGAUUGAUAAGUCUAGUAAAAUGCAUUUUUAGAAUACAAAGAUAUAUAGCGAGAGAGAGAUCAAAUGAGACACGAAAAAGAUUUUGGAAAUACUAAACAGCGUCAAAUACAGAAAACUGCGUUGAGCGAGUAGCUCGUAAUAAAAGCUCAAACAAAUGUUAAAGAAAAUUAUUUUAAUAUUUCAAUGACUAGAUUCGAUUUGUAAAUUUAUUAUAUAAUCCAAUUGGAUAUAUUAUAAUUGGAUAUAUUAUAUUGAAUAUAUUAUAUAUCCAAAUUUUUCCUGAUUUAUUAGAGACUCUUUACAAUAUUAUAUUAUAAGUACAAUAAGACAUUAAAGUUCAAGAUAUAGAUUGUGGAGCAAUUACGAGUUAACGUAUUGAUUUUUGUUUUUCAAAACAUGUUAUUGCAAAAAGUCUCUAUUGUAUAUAGUCAAAGUAUAUAGUCCGUCAGAAAAUCAUGUGAUUGAUUGUUAUAUAUGUUGUGAUCUUCCAAUUUAUAUUUCUGAACUUCUAUAAUAUUUUCGGAGCAUUUUAAAUUGAUUUCUCCUUUAAAAUGAUAUUUUUAUAUGCAUAUAUAUAGAAGUUUGUCAGACAUGUAUAUACAUCUACUUAUCAGAAUCAAUAUUUUCAUUAUAAAAUAUCGCAUCACUCGCGGAAAAUUAAAAGACAUUGUUUUAAAAGCAUCGAUCCAUUCGGUUAUCCAUAAGUGUAUUAUAAUUAUUAUUAGAAUGCAAAAUUUAUCAAUCGAUAUAUACAAUAUAUAUAAUAAUUCCAUCUUUUUUAUAUCCAAUUUCGAAAGUUGUGUGUCUUUUACACUUCACCAGGAAUUCUCUUUUGUGAGAUAAAUUUUAUUUACAAAAUUGCAAACUUGCAAAAUUGGAUUUGUAUAUGUGUAUGGAUGUGUGUGUAUGUGUUGUUAAUAAUGAUUCUCGCAUCAUUGUUGUAACUAACGUUGACUAAUUGUGACUAACUAGUCUGUAACAUGAGUCUGCCAAGAUUCGCAUUUAACUAGUCCGUUAUGCGACAUUUACAGCUCGAAACUCGAUUGAAUUAUCCAAGAUCAGACAUAAGGGUUUGUUCCCUCCUUUGUUAAUCGACGUUCGCCACAAGUGUCGCGACAAACAUAUAGAUUAAUUGCGAAUGCGUACAGGAUAUAUUAAAAAUCUAGCGCACAAUUUCUCUUUCUCUCACAAAAUUUCUCAACAAAUCUAUAAGAGAAUUAAAAAUAUAAGAAAAAUUUUUACAGAAAAUACCGAAAGUUUAAUUAAAAGAAUCUUUAAUUGAUUCAAAUAAAAACUGAAAUUAUAAAAUACUAAAUAACAAAAUUUGUCAUUAUUAAAGAGAGUUUUGAAAUGAUAAAACUUUUAUAAAAAUCUAAUUACGCAACUUUUGUCAUUCUUUAUAAAUGAAUACAUAUCUAUAUUCCUUUUUUAUGUAUUUUCAUUUAAUAAAUCAUGGAUAUCAUAUAUAUAUCAAUGAAUAUCAUAUAUAUCAUGGAUUAGAUCAAUUUUGUGCAUACAAUGGAAUUAUGAAAAUGCGAUUAGAAAUACAGUCAAUGAUUGAUUAUUCUCAUAAUAAUUAAAAUUCUAUUAAGAUAUUCGAUAUUGAAAAAUAUGUAUACAAGGCAUAUUGUAAUACUUUUAGAGGAAUAUUUGAAUGUUUUUAUAAUUUUCGUAAAAGAGACUUAACAUUUCGUUUUAUCCUUUGUAUGCACGUUACAGUCUAUGAUACACAUUCCUAUAUGCCUUCAAAUAUUCCUCUUGUAUCUACGAUAAGAAUUAUGUAAUACAAAAUAUUUCUUUUUGCAUAGAAAAACUGUUUCUCUCCAUGAAUAUGUACCUGAUAAAGAAUUAUUAAGAUAUAUAUGAAGUAUUUAAUUCUGAUCAAAUAGAUGAAUAAUCGAGAAUGUGAUCAUUAUUGUUUUCGUCAAAUAAUCUAUAAAUGAAGUUUUAUGGAAUAUAUAUAUAU